AUGGAUAAGGUAGGAUACCUGGGGCACCGAGUGUCGCUCCAAGGUCUAGAGGCAAACCCGAAAGAUCUGAAAUCUCUGACCGAUCUGCCAUUCCCCGGAUCGCUUCGAUCCAUGCAAUCGUUCCUGGGGAAUCUGAAUUACUACAGCCGAUUUAUUGAGGACUACGCUAUAUACGCCUCCGUGCUAUAUGAGCUACGCGAGGUGGCAUUUGCAGAACUGGAGAAACGAUCGGAUCUGAGGAAGAUCAUGGACCAGAACGACUCGAUUGCACGGGAUAACGACUCACCUGAACUCCAGCAUUCAGAUGAGAUGUGGGUCAGGGCUCAUAAGGCUUUCAUCGCCCUGAAGACCAAGAUCGCGACGACGCCAAUUCUCCACCACUUCGACGAGACGAGAACGCCGGCAGUGAUUGUAUAUGCAAAACACGACGGGAUCUACCAUCCUGUUGCGUUCGCCAACCGCACGUUAAAGACGAAAGAGCUGAACUACAAUGUGACGGAAAAGGAAGUGUUGGCGUUGCUGAUGUGGUGGAGUGCCUCGGAAAUGGUGUGA